AUGUAUGAUUAGUAUAUGAUUGAUAAAUUAUUACGAUGCUCAAUUUGUUGUCAAUAAUUUAGUCAGCCAGUUACACUAACAUGUGGACAUACAUAUUGUUUUGAUUGUAUGUAUAAAUCAUUAUGUACAAUGCCUCGAUGUCCAUUAUGCAGGUUGUAGUACUAUUUUACAAAUUAGAUCUUACAUUUAAACAUCCCCUAGUAUUUUUAAAGUGAACAUUAUAAUUCAUACAAUAAUAAGAAACUCAAAUCGAUGUCCAGAAUAAGUUGAAUCAAAAUAAUAAUAAGUUGAUUCAACUAAUCAUAUACUUCUCAAAACAAAGGUAGAUCUAUUUCCUUACUCAUUUUUGAAACUAUAAAUAUUAAAAAUUCCUGAUAGCAAUUUAACAUGCAAUGAUUAUUUUGAUUGUUUCAAUAAUGCAGAAGUUUAUUUGUAAAAUGAAAUUUAAAAAGCAUAAUUUAAGGCUAGAAUUGAUCGAGUUUCAAUUAUGAAUAAUAAUAUAUUCAUAUACGCAUUUAUUCAGGAAAAAGUACAAAAUUUAUAAACAACACUUCAAGGAUUUAUUAUUGAUAGCACUGAUCAAUUUGGAAACAAAGAAAAAAAGGAAAUAAUACUUCCUGUUUGCCAAGGAAAAGUAGUAAUUGAAGAUACUUUGAUAUCUGAAGAUGAUUUAAUUGAGAUGAAUGAAAUCAAACAUAGAAUUAAAAUUACUAUAGAAAAAAUCUUUAAUAAACAUUAUAAUUUAGAUUCUAUUGAAUAAGAGGUUUAUCAAAAAUUACAUCAAUGUUGGUAUACAUUAUUUAUAUCUAAGUUUGUUUGAAUACUUGUAAGAAUCUGAUCCAAAAAACUUAUUAAAAUUAUCUUAUUGUUUACCAUCAAUGCUGUAAAUAUCAAAUCAUCAAAAACAUCAAAUAAUAUCUUAGUCAGUCUUAAAAAGGCUAAAAUUGGCAGAAUAAAAUCUCAAUAAAUUGGCACCUUUUAAACAUGGUGGUAUGAUUUUUGAAGUUCCAAAUGAUCAUCCUAAGCCCCCAUUUACUUAAUUAAUAGUCGUAAUUAUUUUUAUAAUUCUUUAUUUUAUAUUUAUCAAUUGA